AUGGCCUUCUACGACGAGCAUGGGGGCGACUCCCAGUUUGGCAGAUAUAACAAGAACUUCGAAGGCCCUGUCGGUCCCCGUCGGCCAAGACUGGUCACUGAUUAUGGCUCUUCAAUGGUACAGUGGAUGCGCACGCGCCGACCUCGAUAUCAAGGUGAAAACCGUAUGGAGGUGGAAAGGCCCAGCCCCAGCUUUGCAGUCGAUAUGAUUCCACCCGUCGGUCGAACCCAUUCGCCCGCCGACACAAUUCCCGUGCGACACCUUCAUCAAUCGAUCGGAAAAUCGAAGAAACCUAUUGUGGUGGUGCGAUGGACUCCAGAGGGCAGGCGGCUGUUGACCGGCGGCCACACCGGCGAGUUCAUGCUCUGGAACGGCACGGCGUUUAACUUCGAAACGGUGAUGGAUGCACACUACGAUCAAAUUCAAGCAGGUGUGACAUCGCUAGCAUGGGCUCAUAGCCAAGACUGGCUGAUCUCGGGCGGACAACGAGGAGACGUGAAAUAUUGGCGCCCAAACUUCAACAACGUUGAAACGAUUGACGAUGCUCAUCAUGACGCCGUGCGAGACUUAGCAUGGGCCCCGAGCGAUACAAAAUUCCUUUCUGCAUCCGACGACACGACCCUCAAGAUCUUUGAUUUCACCACCCGAACCUGCGAUACCGUUCUUACCGGACACAACUGGGAUGUCAAAUCUUGCGACUGGCACCCUACAAAAGGCUUGCUGGUUUCCGGCUCCAAGGAUCAUCAGGUUAAGUUCUGGGAUCCCAGGACCGCCCGAUGCUUGACAACGCUUCACAGUCACAAAAACACAGUCACCGCGACUCGGUUCUCGCGGGUCAACAACAACCUCCUUGCUACGUCGUCGCGGGAUCAGACAGCGCGAGUGUUCGAUUUGCGGAUGAUGCGGGAUAUUUGCAUUCUCCGCGGUCAUGAGAAGCCGGUCUCUUCUCUAACAUGGCAUCCGAUCCACAGCAAUUUGAUUUCGACUGGUGCGGAAGACGGUUCUAUGCAUCAUUAUCUACUCGACGAGCCUAACUUGCCCGCUGGCGUCGUCCCUACCGUGGCGCCAUACGACAGCCCGGACCCUGCCAAUACACCGCCGCAAGUUAUCUACCCAGCUCAUCGCGUUCAAUACGCCCACGGCGCUACGAUCUGGUCAUUAGACUGGCACCCACUGGGACACAUUCUUGCUUCUGGAUCGAAGGACAAUUUCACUCGAUUCUGGUCGCGGGCUCGGCCUGGCGAGACUAGCUACAUGAAAGAUCGAUUCCACAUCGGCGAGGAGGCUGCAGAGGCCCAAGGAACGUGGAAUCGGGGCUUCGGCCGCAGACAAAUGCGCGAGGAAGAGGAACAAGAAAUGCAAGAUGAGGCCGACAGUUUGGUCGACCAGCGACGACCUGGUGGGCCUUCUCUUCCGGGAAUACAGGGUGGUCCUGGUGCACCUCAGCUCGAUACCCCGGGGCUGCUUCCUGGUAUUGGUGCGGCUCAGCCUCCGCCUUCGGGUGCCAUGGGUGGAAUGGACCCCGGUCGCCUAGCUGCAAUUAUGUCUUCGCAUCCUCCGCCUCCACCGCCUCAAUCGGGUCCUCCAAACGGCGGGAUGCCUGGAUUCCCUAUGCUUCCCGUAAUGGGUGGGACUCCGCCUAUGAAUAUGGAUAUGGCGCAGUUCCAGAAGCAAAUGAUGGCUCAAGGAAUGCAGAUGCCCCCCAAUCUCAACCUCCAAAACAUGGCUGCCGCAAUGGGUGGCCUGCCCGGUCUCCAAGGUGGAAUGCCGGAUGGUGGACGUCGAUAG